AUGGACAGCUUCUGGGCAACGAGCCCAGCUCCCCCGCCCAUCCCGCCCCGCCCAGAUACGACCACCGCGCCGUUCUUCACCCCGCCCACCUCGCCGCCGUACUACUCGCCCUUUACGAGUGCGCACGCGUCUCCAGUGUACUCGCCGCCUGCGUCGACGUCGAUGGCGCCACCGCCGCCCGCGGCACCCAUCCCGCGCCCGCUGCUCUCGGACGCGCCGACGGGCGUCCCUGCCGUGCGGGAUGCCGGCGCACCGAACCCCACGCUGGCAUUCUGCACGUCCACAGUGUCGACGACGAGCUGGUACCAGCUCUCCGGGACACCCUUACUCCUCUGCACGCACUGCCAUGCGACCCGGGUCAGCGGCAGCUCGCUCGCCGCCAGCUUUGUUCAGCUGCAAACAAAGGGCAGCUGCGCAUUCACGACGCCCCGGCUCAAGGCGCUCCUCGCCGCCGCGGCGCGCUCCUCGCCCUCCGUGCUGACCGAGUUUGUCGCCCGCCGACAUGCGAUCGGGAAAUGUACCGCCGCGUCCACGGAGAGCGGGUACCACGUGCCCUCUGCCCCUGGGCUCGCGGCAUGCGAGGCAUGCUACCAGGACGUGGUCCUCGCGUCGCCCUUCGCGUCCAACUUUGCCCCGACGCCCAAGGCCGGCAGCUGCGCGUUCGCCCUCCCCGCCAUCCAGCGCGCGUUUAUCACCCUCUCGGAAACAGUGGACGGAUGGACCGAGUUCCUCGACUCUGCAUCGCGCCGCCUGCUGCUGCCGCGGGCAUGCACCGGCGCGAGCGUGCCCUCGCACGGCACGAAAUGGUACACUACCAAGCAGGCCAUCCACGGGCUGGUCCUCUGCGAGGGCUGCCAUGCCGACCACGUCGCGUACACGCGCUACGGGGCCGAAUUCGUCCCGUACCCCUCUGCGGCCGGACAGAACUGGUCGUGCGACUUCCACGGCGCGACGCGCGCCGCGUGGACCUUUGCCGUCCAGCACGGCGAGUUCGCCGACUGGUGGCGCGCGGCCGAGCGGAUAUCCCUCGCGCGACCAUGCGACGCUACACUGCACGUCGAUGAGUGGUAUGGCUUGGCAGGCGCAGACAUGGACCUGUGUGCCGCGCACCACGCCGUCGUGGAGGUCAUGGGCCUGGGGCGGUACUUCUCGCCCCGGAGUCCCGGCCAGAGCCGCGCAUGCGACCUCAGCGAUGGCGCGCAGCGGGUCGACCACUGGACGACGCUGCUCCUCGAGGCGCUGGCCACAGGUGUGUGGGCCCCGCUGGCGGAACAUGCGCGCGUGCUCUCCACGCUACCGUUGUGCCCGCGCCGCAAGGCGCUCGAAAACGCAACGUGGUACGGCUGGCCAGAGCUCCUCAUCUGCCCCGACUGCUGGGUGAGCUUUGCGAGCGGCACAGCACUGGCGAGCCUCGUCCCGCUGUGCGGCUUCCACCGGACCGAGCGGGCAAUCUGCUCGCUCUACUCUGACACGAUGCGCGAGGCAUGGACAAACGCGUGCAUCUCGGGCGAUGUCGCCAGCCUGCUCGGAUACUCGGCAUCACGCGCACAGGUGUACUGGGCGACAAUACCGCGCAUCGAGAUGAUCAUCGCCAACGCGCAGCGGCAGCAGCGCGCGCGCAUGGUCGCGGGGCGUAUGAGCAACCAGUAUGGCCUGAUGCAGGGCCUGACGCUGGCCAACGGCACGCUGCCGACCCAUGCGAGCGGUCAGUAUGGCGGCGGCUCGCUCGGAUGGCACCAGACGCCAUAUGGCGCCACCGCCGCCGGCUACGAGCAGCAGAUGGGCCCGCCGUUCGUCAGCGGAGGUAAGGAGGAGGUCGCGUUCCUCGAGACCGAGUGGCAGAAGGUGGAGUAG